UUCACACACAAAAAAAGAACAAAAGAUGAAAUAAACACAAUUAGAAUCAAAGGAUAUAUGGCUCCGACAAGGAGGAAGAGGACGAAGCAGAGGAGAAAGGCGAGGGCUGGUUUUACCAUCAAGAUCAACAAGGAGGAGUGAGUCUUCACGCUCCUUAUGAAAAUUUUAAUUUUGUCUUGCAGUACGGGAUAUUUAUUUGGUGAUCGAGGUACAAUGUUACUUUUAUCGCGCUAUUUUAGACAAAAACAAGUUGAGGCCUCGGAGCGUGAGAUUGCGAAUCUGAAUCUGGGCGACAAGAGCAAGACUCAUGGUAGCAAGGGGCAAGAAUCAGAGGGUUCUGGAGACAUUAAAGGUGAUGACUAUUUGGGAGAGGAUGUGUCAGGUAGCAAGGGGAAAGAAUCAAAGGAUCAUCUAGAAACUGCCCGUGAUGACUUUUUGGGCAUAGAUAUUCCAGUGUCACGUAGAAGGAAAUUAACGGGUUGUGCCUGUUGUGGCGAGUAUGAUCACCUUAAUGUAACCUGCCCAUUCCUAAAAUAUAUUCCUGAAGGCGCUAAAAUUGGCCGUUGCUUUGAGACAAUGUGCCGGGGUUGUCACCAUAUUGGAAAGGUGUGCUGUGUUAAGAGGGGGAAGUCUGUGGGAGGAUAUGCUAUGCUGAAGAGGUGUGCUCAUUGUUUAUGUAUUGGUCACUGGGAGUGGGAGGACUGUGAAGAUUGUCCUAGACCCAAGGACGUCGUCUAUGAGAAACCUGAAUACUUAGAUGGGGAUGGGAUUUCCUCAGAGUCUGAGGAUGAGGAUGAGGAUGCAUUUCGACCCCGUAAUCGUGCUCCAUGGGGACUAUAAUAUACCAAAGGCAACUCACCAAAUCCAUCUUCAGAUCCCCUAAUUGUCUCAUUUGCUAGGUCCCCUAAGUAUAGGUGGUGUUUUGGGCCAGGCAGCCAGAAAGCGAAGAAACGAGAUCAAAGGUGAAAAAUUAACCACCACUGGUGGUUGAGUUGAUAAGAGGUUUUAGGUGUGGAAUUCUCACGGGUUUGAAUUCCGCCAGGUUAAUUGGCGUUAAAGAAUUAUAGUAGCACAAUAACUGAGAAAAUGUUUAUUUGUUUAAUAAGCAAUUUUUUUUAUUUAAACUGCCAACUCCAAAAAAAAAAAAAAAAUAGAAAC